AUGUGGAAGAAAUUCAGGUCCAAUGAAGACGCCGUCGACAAUAUGUUCACAGCAUGCCCUCCCUUCCCGGAGCAACCAUGGAUCUACAUCACUGACCCAAUAGGCAACAAUGGCUAUGCAAACAAUCUCCAGGACAUGAUUGAGGCCUCUCAGUUCCAUUAUGGCGGCAUGUCUGACGAUCUCUUCGCAACCAGCGAUGUCUCUUCCAUGGACACACUCCUCCACAACCUCGACAAGUCCAAAACCGCACGCCAUAUCAGCAAGAAAGCGUUCUUGAUCGUCGACAAGUUGAACCGCCUAGACUGUGAGAAUAGCGACAAGAUUGAGGCGGCACACAAGAUCCGCGAGCACGCAGCGAAGUCCGGGCGUACCUUUGCCAGCGUAAAUUUGUACGUCCAAGAGGGCACCAAGGAGCGCGAGAUGAAGAAAUGGGGACCGAAUCAUCUGGAGUUGUGCGUGACAGACUUGAUACCCAAGCAGGUCGCCGAGCUGGUGUACAAGUGGUUGUUCACGGCCAUCCCACCCACCGAGCACAUCUAUUUCCUCACGCAGGCCAAGCUCCAAGUCACAGACCAUAAAAACUACCCGGAAUACCAGUACUGUCAGCUCGGCGACAUCAAGAAGCAGCCCAAGGACGCAAAGAUCCAGUUCGGCGUCGUCAUCACCUCCAAGCCGGUCUUGGUCCCGGGCACGCAGCGCCUGCAUUGGACAGUGGCGGACAAGUCUGGCACGGGCAAUUUCUACUUCCAAUACCGCGGCCCGACCUCGCAGUACACGUGGGACUGGGUCCAGUCCCUCCAAGCAGGGGACAUCAAGUCCCUGCCGCGCAUGCCGUCCGUGCAGAUCCGCGAAAGCCGCACCGUGUGCGUGGCGAAACUCCCGCUCCGCACCGCGUCCUUUGCAGUCUCCUCCGUCGGACUGGCCAUCAAGGGCGUCGGGUCGGGACUUGUUAAGGCGGGCGACGUCUUGAGUAUGGGUAAGUCGUCUGAAUUCGUUCCGCACGGCGACGUGGGCAAGAACGGUAAGAAGGUCGAUUGGGCCAAGAAAUUCGAAAAGGAAGGCAAGGACAGGAGCGAGAAGGUCGAGAAGGCGAAAAAGACGGUGACGGAGAAAAUUGCUGCCAAGCUGGCGACGGCGCGGAAGCGGAAGAACUGGGCGGCAGACAGUGAGUACGACAGUGAUGAGAAUACGUUGUGUGGGGGCGAGAAGCAGGUGAUGGCCACGGAGAAGGAGUUCUGCUAA